GCCGAGCAUGGGUAAUUUUAAACUUGGGUGUAAAGAAAUUUUGCUAACUUCAUGGAAAAUUGGAUCUGACAGCGUUUGUUAACUAUGUCGGGGAGGCAUUCAAAGGAUUUUCUGGAAUGUCCAGUUUGCAGGGCAAGUCAUGUUCCAACAUACUCCACCUCUGAGAAUGGUGUUCAAGCAGCCACCUGUGUUGCAUGUGGACAUUUCUUCAAAUUCAAGGUUACAAGGGAGGUCAGGUCAGAGGUCAAGUUCAAGGUCAAUGGAAAGGAAUAUACAGUUGACAACAGCGUGAACCCUGCCACCUCGUUAAAUGAGUUUCUGCGAGAUAAACGCAUCUCCAUGGGAACCAAAUACAUGUGCAGAGAGGGUGGGUGUGGCCUCUGUGUUGUCAUGGUGACCAUCAUAAACCCAGCUUCAAACAAGGAGGAGAAACAUGCCAUUAAUUCAUGUCUGUGCCCGGUGUUGCUAUGUGGCGGCUGGAGCGUGACAACAAUUGAGGGCCUGGGCAACACGAGGGACGGACUUCAUCCCAUCCAGGACAGACUCAACAAGUACAAUGGAUCACAAUGUGGCUUCUGCAGCCCAGGGCAGAUCAUGAACAUGUUUGCGCUUCUGGAAAAUGACUGGGAUCCAAGCAAGAAGAAGAUUGAGGAUGCCUUUGAUGGAAUUCUUUGUCGAUGCACAGGUUACAGAUCUAUUCUGGAUGCGAUGAAGUCAUUUGCUGAUGACAAGUGCUUACCUGCAGAUAUUGAGGACCUAAGCACAAAGUUGUGUAAGAAAACCGGUCAGCCAUGCAGUGGAGCGUGUCACCCUUCCCCGCCCUCCUCCCCUCUCCACCUUGUUUUAGCCGAUGCCCAGUGGUUUCGUCCCACCAGCCUGGCGCAGCUGUUUGAGCUUCUUAACCAAUACCAGGACAGCAAAUAUAGACUGGUGUUCGGUAGUACUGGCUCAGGAGUGUACAAGGACAUUGGGCCAUGGAAUUAUGACAUCCUCAUAGACCUACACGGAAUCACAGAGCUGUAUAAAAUAUUUUUUCAACCGAGCCUCCAGUUUGGAGCCAACGUCUCACUGACCCGGAUGAUGGCAGCUUUUAUCGACCCUGAUCUGCCAGCUGCGUGUUAUCCGUAUCUGAGCGAGUGUAUCAAGUUCCUGAAUAGAAUAGCCCAUGUAAACGUUCGCAAUGCGGGAGGCUGGGCCGGCAACCUGAUGAUGAAGCACGCCCACCCGGAGUUCCCCUCAGAUCUGUUUGUGAUGCUUGAAACACUCUCUGCAAAAAUCUUCAUCAAUAACAAGGUUUCAGUGACCCCUAGCCAGUUGCUGAAAACAGACAUGAAAGGAAAGGUCCUAACCAACCUUGUGUUGCCAGUUGCCGAUAGCAACACUGUUGUCAAGUUCUACAAGGUUGCCAAAAGAAUACAGAACUCCCAUUGCUAUGUAUCCGCUGGGAUCCGACUCUGCUGUGACAAGGCCAACAACUAUCUUGUUACGGACACUCCAUCUAUUGUGUAUGGUGGAAUCGGAAAAAACUUUAUUCAUGCCAUGGCAACGGAGCAAUAUCUGAAGGGGAAAAAUCUUGGGGACCAGAUUGUUCUAACAGCUGCCAUAAAACAGUUGAGUGAGGAAGUUAAACCGGAUUCAGACCCUCUGGGUGGCAGUCAACAGUUCCGGUUGAGUCUGGCUAUAAACCUCUUCUACAGAUUUGCUCUGGAUCUAUAUGGGACAGACGCUUCCCCAAUAUAUCGAAGUGGGGCCUUGCCCCUUGAGCGCCCCCUAUCUUCAGGCAAGCAGACUUAUGACACGAAAAAACAGGAGUGGCCCCUUACGGAACCCCUUCUAAAAUUGGAGGGAAAAGCACAGGUGACAGGAGAAGCAGAGUUCCUCAACGACAUUCCCCCCUCCCCUGGAGAGCUCCAUGCUGCAUUCGCUGUCACCAGUGUUGGAAACGCCAAGAUUACUGGCAUUGAUAUCUCAAAGGCUGCUGCAAUGAAGGGCGUAGCGAGUGUUUUACUGGCAAAGGAUAUCCCUGGAAUGAACAAUGCAAUGCCUCCGCCGUAUGGACCGGAGGAGGUUUUAUGUAGCGAGAAAGUCAUGUACGCCGGACAGGCUGUUGCCAUUGUCGUGGCUGACAAUGAGGAGACAGCAUUCACGGCAGCGAAGGCAGUCAGCGUCACUUACGAGGAUGUUAAACCUCCCAUUCUCACCAUUAAGGAAGCUGUCAAGGCCGACAUGAUAUUCCCUCGCCAAGCGGAUGAUAUUGUGGUCGGGGACGCUGAAAAAGCCAUAUCAAAGGCGCCACAUGUUAUCACGGGCGAGAUUUCCUGCGGAACGCAGUACCACUUUCCGAUGGAGACCCAGAUCAGCAUCUGUGUGCCACAAGAGGAUGGUUUGAAAGUGUACGCAGCCUCACAGUGGAUUGACUACGCUCAGAAGUCUGUUGCACAAGUGCUUGGUGUUCCUUGUGCUAGCAUUGACGUUGAAGUUCGGAGACUUGGUGGCGCAUAUGGAUCAAAGAUUUCACGCAAUUUUGCCAUCUCUUCUGCUUGCGCUGUAGCUGCAAAAGUCCUGAACAAGCCUGUACGAUUCGCAAUGAACUUCCACACCAACAUGGAGAAUGUCGGCAAGAGAUUCCCUUACCUCGCACAGUACAAGGUUGGGUUUGACAAUGACGGGAAACUUCUGGGGAUAAAGGUUACAUACUACUGUGAUUGUGGGUUUGCAGUGAAUGACUGCACAGUCCACGAUAUCAUGGAGAUGGGAGAUAAUGCGUACUACUGCCCGAACUGGCAUAUGGUCCCCGUGGCCGUUCAGACCAACACUCCGUCACACACAUACUGCCGAGCACCGGCCUCAACCCCGGGGAUAUUCGUCAUGGAAACCAUAAUGCAGCAUGUGUCCAAAACACUUGGCAAGGUGCCAGCUGAAGUAAAGCAGCUGAACCUGUACAAGCAAGGUCAGGUGACUCCAGGGGGGAUGACUUUGACAUACUGCAGUAUUAUCUGCCUUUUCCAGCAGCUUGAAAAGAUGGCAGACGUGUCGGGCAGAAUGAAAUUGGUGGAAAAGUUCAACAAGGAGAAUCGUUGGAAGAAAAAGGGCUUAUCAGUUGUGCCGCUGAAAUAUGGCGUACCAUGGAACACCCAGAACUACGGGGUGAACAUCGCCAUUUACUCCCAAGAUGGAACUGUGGCCCUCUCUCACGGAGGUAUAGAAGUUGGUCAGGGGAUUAAUACCAAGGCUGCCCAAGUGUGUGCAUUUGAGUUGGGUAUAAGUGUGGACAUGAUCAAAGUUAAGCCAACCAACACGCUGACCUCCGCAGGUAGUUGUUUUACUGGGUCCAGCGUCACAAGUGAGCUUGUUUGCCAGUCGGUCAUUAAUGCGUGCAAGAUUAUCAAUGACAGGAUUGAACCAGUAAAGGCAAAACUGAAAGACCCAACAUGGCUGAAGAUUGUACAGGAGUGUUACAGUGAAGGUAUCGACCUAGCAGCUCACAGCUGGUUCCACCCCCAAUCUCCUGCAUAUUACCAGUACAACUCAUAUGGCGUCACAUGUAUAGAGGUUGAACUGGAUGUGCUCACUGGGGAGCACCCCGUGUCACGUGUGGAUAUGUUGUUUGACUGUGGAGAAAGUUUGAACCCAUUUCUAGAUGUGGGCCAGGUGGAAGGGGCGUUUGUAAUGGGUAUUGGCUACUGGCUUCUGGAAGAGUCUAUUUAUGACACGACCACUGGGCGAUACCUCACAAACAAUACAUGGGACUACAAACCUCCCUCGUCUAAGGACAUCCCAGUGGAUUUCCGUAUCACCUUACUCAAGGACGCCCCAAACCCCCUGGGGGUCCUACGCUCAAAGGCGUGCGGGGAACCCCCACUCUGCAUGAGCUGUUCCGUCCUGUUCGCCCUCAAACACGCCAUUGAGGCGGCCCGUGCUGAGAAUGGCCAUGAUGCAUACUUCCCUCUGCAUGGACCGGCAACAGUGGAGGUUGCCCAGCUGGCAUGUCAGACAGGCCUCCCAGAACUCUUAAAAUAGGCACAACGAUGCUCUUCUUGAACUAGAUGUCAAUAGACGCUGAUGCCCAUAUACAUGAAGACGAGGCUGACUUAAAGACAUUAAAAUAUUAAAGAGGGAUUUCCAGGCCCAUGUUAAUUCUCUUGUUGUUUUCUCUGAUGUGCCAUACUCAUUUUUGCUGGUUUCUUUCUUACUGUGGCAUAUGUGCUAUCGGGACUUUUUCUUCCUAUUUUACGAGAAAGACCCUCGACAUUUUGAGAAAAUUUGCGUCGCGAAAUAUGCCAUUUUGACAAAAAAUAAUCGCUUCACAUAAAAAAAAUGGAAAUUUGCAAUUAAAACAAGCUUUUCUGUCUCCUGCAAAAUUAGGUAUUUACAGUUAUUUUUAGUUUCCCUUUCAAAAGACUUUAAAUGGCUGAAAUAUCAAUCCAUACGAGUGUUAAUAUAUAUAGCAAUAAAUCAUGACAGUUAAUAGUGCAUAGUGAUCUCUGAAUGUGAUGAAAAACAAUGAUUUCUGAAUUCAAUAAUCUCCAAAACCUACAUCACACAAUUUAUUAGUAUGUUGAAACAUCGAAACAAUCACAGGAAAAAAAUACUUUCAUAUUUUUAUUUUAUUUUGUUAUUUAUUUAUUUUUAUUGGGAUUUUGUUCUCUAGAAUGGGAAAAAUAGAUAUAUAUAUAACUAUAGAAAAAGGCCCGGUUAUAUACAGGAAUCACAAAUAAUGUUCAUUGAAUUAAACAAUAUUUCAUAUAUAUUGCAAUAUAUUUUUGCACUUCAUAAAAGUUAAAUUUGUUUAUAGAAUGCAAUAUACUAUACCUUGAAAGUUUGAUUAUUCAACUUUUGAAAAUUAAUAUAAACUUACUGUACUGAUAUAUUGAAAACCUACUGUUAUACAUUUUAUAAUGUGGUUAUAUCAUGUGGUUUUGUUUUAAGCAAUGUUUACAUGUCUCAGCUAUUUUACUAUAUUUGAUAACUUGUAUAAAGACUUUUUUACUUUUUUAAGAUAGUUAAUAUUUUUUCGCAACUAUUUAUUAUCUUUUAAAUUGGUAGACAGUAUAUAAAUUUUAUAUGGUGUACAAUUUUGUUACACUUUCUAAGAAAUCUCAUUUUAUUUUCAAUUUUUAUAUUUGAACAUGACGUUGCCAGAAAUUGGUUGUUCGAAAACUAUCACAGUGUUAUGUAAACUUUCAUUACAAUUUUGCCAUUGAAGAAUGCAUAGUUUUAUAUACAUAUAACCCACAGGGAGGGAGGGCAAGUGGGUUUUCUUUUUUCGCUAAAUUGGACUCUGAAAGGGUGGAUUUGCUUCUGUGGGGAGGGGGGGCUGGUAUAUUUUAAAAGUGCUUUCUCCACGGGGGUUAUAUCUUUAAAUAGAAUAGCCCUAACCCCUUAUGUUAUGGAGUGUCAGAUUUUGUAAGAUGACUUAUGUAGCAACCUUAUGUUUGUUGUUGUUGUUGUUUGUUUUUUUAGUUGUUGUUGUCAUUAUUAAUUACUAUUUUUACUGGGUUUUUUUAUAAAUAUUUGGUAGUUUUUUACAACUUUUACUUUGCUGUUGUUAUUAAAAUGUCAAUGAUGAAAAAUUAUUAUUGUACAUAACCAGAUAUAUUUGUAGUUAUAAAUUUCGGGCCAUUUUUUACAACAUUUACUAUGCUGUUGUUGUUUAAAAUAUAAAUGGUGAACAUGUAAUAUUUUACAUAAUCAGAUUUAUAAGAUGUAUUAGAUGGGGCUUUUUUUACAACAUUUACUGGUGCUAUUGUUCUUAAAAUGUCAAUGGUGAACAUUUAAUAUUUAUCAUAAUCAGAUAUGUUAGUAGAUGUAUUAGAUGAUGCAUUUUUUAACAACAUUAACUGAUGCUGUUGUUGUUUAAAAUAUAAAUGGCAAACAUAUAAUAUUUUACAUAAUCAGAUAUCUUAGUUAAGUUAUUAGAUGGGGCUUUUUUACAAUUUACAUUUACUCUGCUUUUGAUUUUACAAUAAAAUUGGUAUUCAUUUAUUAUUUUACAUAAUCAGCUAUAUCGUUAUAUAGUAGUUAUAUUAUGUUUUUGAAACUGCAUACUUUGUAUACCUCAUGUAAUAGGCAUAUUGUACAAGUUCAAUUCUGAACUUUUGAUGAAAAACGGUGUUGUUAUUGUUUUAUUCAAGAAUGGAAUGUUACCAAUACAUAUUCAAUGUUAAUGAAAAUUAAAUAUUGUUUCAAUA